GAGAGAGAGAGAGAGUGAGGAAGACUGAGCAUGUGUGAAUGUGUGUGUGUGUUUCUCUGGCUGUGACUGACAGAGGGAAAAGUCACUUCCUGCAAAGAAUAGGGAAUUUUUCAAUGUUUCCAUCAAUGUACGGUGUUUGUGGGUGCUGUGGUGCAUUGAGACCACGGUACAAGAGGCUGGUGGAUAACAUAUUUCCAGAUGAUCCAGAGGUAAGAGGACAGUUUGGUGAAAGCUAACAUGGAGAAGCUCAUAUUUUAUGCCCUGUCUGCACCAGAGAAGCUGGACCGCAUUGGUGCCUAUCUGUCAGAAAGACUCUGUAGAGAUGUGGUCCGCCACAGAUAUGGAUAUGUGUGCAUUGCGAUGGAGGCUCUGGAUCAGCUAUUAAUGGCCUGUCACUGCCAGAGCAUUAACCUGUUUGUGGAAAGCUUCCUCACCAUGGUGCGACAACUACUAGAGUCAGACAAACCCAAUCUACAGAUCCUUGGCACCAACUCUUUUGUGAAGUUUGCCAACAUUGAGGAGGACACACCAUCUUACCACCGUAGCUACGACCUCUUCGUUUCCCGAUUCAGUGAGAUGUGCCACUCCAGCUAUGAAGAUCCAGACACUCGCACCAGGAUUCGCAUGGCAGGGAUCAGAGGUUUGCAGGGUGUGGUAAGAAAGACAGUAAAAGACGAGUUGCAGGCGAACAUUUGGGAUCCACAGCACAUGGACAAGAUAGUGCCAUCAUUACUGUUCAACCUACAGCAGGAUGAGAUAACAGAGAGGUCUCCCUCACCUCACACAGAGAAAGAUAAGGAGAGCCCAGUGGAGCUGACUGAGAGGUGUUUCAGAGAACUGUUGGGUCGUGCUGCCUAUGGCAACAUAAAAAAUGCUGUGAAACCGGUCCUCAUGCACCUUGAUAAUCAUUCACUGUGGGAGGGCAAAAGCUUUGCAGUGCAGUGUUUCAAAAUCAUCAUGUACUCAAUUCAGUCCCAACACUCACACCUGGUCAUCCAGCUGCUACUUGGACAUUUGGACGCUAACAGUAAGAACUCCGCGACAGUGAGGGAAGGGAUAGUGGAGGUGAUCUCUGAAGCAGCAGCCAUAGAGGCCAGUGGCUCUAUUGGGCCAACUGUGCUAGAGGUGUUUAACAUACUAUUGAGACAGCUUCAGCUCAGUGUGGACUACGAGCUCACUGGUACCUAUGAGCCUUACCCGAAUGCAGGAAACAAACUCAUCAAAGGCAGUGAGGAAAGGCAGCUCCAGGAGGCUGUCAUCAAAACCAUAGGCUUGUUUGCCAACACUUUGCCCACCUACCAGCGCUCAGAGGUCAUGCUUUUCAUCAUGGGCAAGUUUCCUGUGCCAGAGAUGGAUCCAGCUCUGGGGUCAGCCAACACAGGGUUUGUAGGCAGUAGGAUGAUUCAGAUUAUGCUACUGAAAUCUCUACUGCAGGUGACAGCAGGUUUCCAGACUACAAACAUGCUGACUGCUUUGCCCAGCUCUUUCCUUGAUCCACUGCUAUCCUUCACACUGAUGGAAGAUGUCAAGAUCCGUCUGCUUGUGCUCAAUGUGCUCAUCAGCCUCAUUGAUCGCCAUGACAACAAGCACAAGUUCUCAUCUCUUAGGGUCAUAACUGACGUCUUAACUCUGAAAUUAAAAAUGAACAAGUGCUCAAGGCAGGACAAUCUUUUCAUGAAGAAGCACUCUCAGAGGCUGUACCGCCAUAUCUUCCUGGCCUCUAAAGAGAAGACUAGUGGCCAGGGGCACUUUCAGUCUUUGUACACACUUUUUGGAUUGAUCUGUGUGGAGCUAGCCAAUGAGGAGGUGGUGGUGGACCUGAUUCGACUAGCUUUGGCACUGCAGAACCUGGCCUUGAGUGAAGAGAUUCUUCCAGUGUAUAAUCGCUGUGCCAUCCAUGCACUGUCAGCUGCAUAUCUGAACCUUAUCAGUCAACUGACCACGGUGCCCACCUUCUGUCAACAUGUUCAUGAAGUAAUUGAAGCGAGACGGAAGGAGCUCCCUUUCAUGCUACCAGAUGAUGUCUUCAUGGAGACACCAAAGCUCCCAGAGAAGAUGGUGAAUGUGGAAGGAGAGGUGCUGUUCUCACAGACUAAGAUAGCCGAGAUGCUGGGUGGAAGUGGCUACAGCUCUGAGAGACUGGCAACAUUCUACAUCCCAGAGCUCACUGAUGAAGACAGACUGUCAAAGAGGAAAAGUAUUGGUGACACUAUCUCUUUACAACUUGAGAUGGACUCCAGACAUAGUCCAGAAAAAGAACAGAAAACUCCAGCAGAACAGAUCACAUUUGAAACCCUAAAACAAGCAAUUGUAGAUGAUGUGAUUUUGGAGGAGCAGGAGAGAGAGCGCAGGAGGCAGGUCAUAGAGAGGUUUCAGACUGCUCCAUUUGAGGAGAUUGUGGCUCAUUGUGGGGCUAGGGCUGCUUUGCUACAGAGUAAACUCAAUCAAAUUUUCGAAAUCACAAUCAGCAGGCCUCCUCCUACUCCGUCUGGAUCAGUUGGUAAUGGGAAGAACUGCUCUGUUCCAGUAUACGAGAUGAAGUUUCCUGACCUCUUCUAUGAGAUGAAGUUCCCUGACCUCAGUGUGUACAAACACUGCAGCCAAAUCUCACUACUGCCAUUCUGAAGAGGAAGGUGACAACACCUGUCUUCUGAGCUUUUACACACUGCGGAUGGUCUCAGUUUGCCAAGUAUCCUGAAGUGUUUAGUAAGAAAGACAAAUCAUCCAGCUGAGUAAGAUAAUAUGUAUCUGUGCUCAGUUAGUGCAGAGAACAGGAAAGAACAGAAAAGUAUAGAUUACCUACACCAAAUAUAUUUUUCAUGAGUAUCCAUGUCUAUAUUUUGAAAAGUGAGAUAUGUAUUUCAGUUGUACCUUAGCAUUUCAUAGAGGAUUGAUAUUGAUAAUUUGUGAAUACUUCAAAAGGACAGCAGUUAAUGGAGCUGUUUAAAAUUUUCUCUGGGACAUUGCAAUAGUAGGACAAAGGUCCAAUAAGAUAAUUUUUGUGAGUAGUAACACCAAAGUAAAAGCUAUUCAUUGGUACUGGUAAAAAUGCUUGAAGUAUAUUUGACUACACUGCAGUAAUAAAUUAGAUGUGUUUUUAUUUGUCAGGUGUUUAAUUUUUGAAGAACCAUCAGUGAGGCACAGUUUUCUUUGAAUAAUAUGAAACAAUUGCAAUGCAUAGGCAGGGGCGUAUCAUUACAUGCAUGUUCAGAAUUGUGAUGGUUUUUUAUUCUUAUUAAUUUUUACAUGGUGCAAAAAAUUGUACUGAGAAGCAAUAACACAACGCAUAAGACUAGUAUUUCCCAAUCCAAUUCCUGCUGAACCUUUUUUUUUCUUCUUUUUUUUUAAAACACAUUUUUGCAACAGAUUUAUUAUGUCAAGCCAUGACUCAGGUGAAGUAGAGUGAAUGUUUAGAGCGUAAUCUUUAGUCUCUGGGAUAUAUAGCCUUUAUUUAAGGUGAAAUUGAUCUGUGUACCAUAUCAUCUAGACAGAAAAUCUUGAAUGUCUAUUGAAUUACAGUAGUACUUUCACAGUGUAUAUAUUACAGAAAUACAAUGUAGAGAUGUUUAUAAAAUAGUUAUGUAACCAAUGAAAGCCUUAAAGCCAUUGAUUGCAAACAUUGUAAUGUGAUGGACAGAGGAGUGAUCAUAAGCGCUUCUUGUACUAUAUAUACCAGAUAUUUUAGAAUUAUAUCAAAAAUAAUUAAUUUGGUUAUAAUGAUUUUACUGCAUGAAAUUAAAUUCAGUAAAACGUGAAAACAGUAACGGCCUUGAUAUUGUUUAUAUAUUUUUUUAGGUUUUUCCCCACAAAGUACUAUAUAUAAUUACACAUGUGUUUUCCUGAAGAAUGCACAUAAUCCUUCAGAUUUCAAUAUUGUGUGCAUGUGCAUAUGCUACAAAAUGUACUAUAAUUGUGAUAGCUGUGAAAUAAAAAAGGUGUUAUUUUGUAUUCUUUUCUGUUUGCCACAAAGUAGAAAGGCAUAUGCUAUAUUUUUAUGUUUAUGUUUAGUCAACUCUAUGGUGAGGACUGUGUUCUGAUUUAUUGUGAGAACUGUGUACAGGAGUGACUUUACAAAUAGGGGGUAGUGAUUCUGUACCUUUAUUUAUUAAUAUAAUCAUCUUGAAGAAAAUAAUAUAGUUCCUAAAUAAUUUUUCAAGUUGCUUUUCAAAUGUAAGGGUGUUUGCUUUUUACUAAUACUUUUUGUUGGGAGACACAUUGAUUUACCUUUCAGGAUUUCAGGAAGUCAACAUGAUCAGAACAUAUUUUUCCUUUAGAUUAUGAAAUUAGUGAUCUUGACAUUUUACAUUGUUUUUUCAUGUUUUUCAAAAACACUCAAUAUUUUUUUUGACAGAUUUGGGUGAUUUUUCAUUCUACAGAUUCAACUUGUAAUUUGAAGUAUUCAUUUAUGGUUAGCUUUUUCAUAUUCAACAAUAUAAUAUUUAUCUCAAUAAAUAAAAUGCUUCACCCUUAGCCUCUAACCAACAAUUAAUCACCACAGCAUUUCUAUGUACAGUAGUGAGUAUUUAUUGAUUACAUUGUGAAUGUACUGCUGGCCAUGAGAACAAAGUGCUAUUUGUCAAAAAGUUUUCCCACUGUCCUAAAUCUGAAUCUAACAUUGUCUGAAUCUAACAUUUUCUGUCUAUGA